AUGGUAUGGCUUUUCCGCCGGCAACAACAACAUCGGCAAAGUGGUGAAAACGUCGGCGCCGUGUGUGAAGGCUCUUAUCGGAGAUGUGCGCGUCGACAUGCCGGCACAUCCCCGUGCGACCUGGCUCGGGACUACGACUGCUUGCUAGAUUCCGACGAAAACACUCGGGCCGAGUGGCAUUGGGUACUUCAGCCCAGACAACUGCGACCACGAAGCUAUUCUAUGCAAGUGCACCAAAUCUUGGCCAAGGCGUCCAAGCCUUCCGCACUCAGCAUCAAAGCGUACGUGUAA